UAAUAAGAAUACUUGAGGACCACCGAUCCCAUGCCCUCUCCCGUGGUACGGGGUCCACACAGCUUUUGACCAUUUACAUAUGUUUUGCAACCUGAGUGACAAAAUAUCCUUGCAACAAGAUGGCCUUGCUUCAAGAUGGCCGUAACACCGAGUCUGCAAAUAUCUCCGAAAACGGUUCUAGCCUUACACCGUUACGCCCCGUAUCUCUGGAAGGGCCGACAUCAUGGAGGGAUCAGUCUCCGGAGUUGAUCCUCACUCAUGCUGAGGAUCCAAAUGACAGGAGAAGCUUUGAACAGCUAUAUUUUGCGCAAACGUCUGCCACACGAUCUGAAGCCGACAAUAGCAGUACUUGCCGGGACAACGGUGACAGCGCCCACCUCCAACAAUCAUCAGAGCAACAUGCCAGGGGGACCGAUCCACCCGAACGGGAGCAAGCCGAUGGAUUGUCGGCAGCAGUUGGAUCCGGAGUUCAAUUUGAUAGACAGGUCGAGUUAUUUGACCAUAUUGCUGUCGAAGCUAACCCUAGCCCACUGGAAGAUGCAUUGCAUGAUGCGAUUCGGGAACAUCCAAGCAAGAAUGGAAAGAAGUUUAUUCCAAUCGACAAAUUCGACGAAAUCAUCACUCGUCAGAAUAUUUAUGAGGAAUUGCAGUCGCGGCGUAUCUUUAACUCGACCAAGUUGCUCGAGACCUGUGUCAAAAACGUCUGGGACAAGUCCACAUACACCGAUGGAAGCACCAGCCGCCCAUCCCUGACCACCUCCCGAAGAAAAUUGUUCGCCGUCUUGAUCUUGUUUGGAAAGCCCGAAUGGAUUAUUUCAUUCAUCAAGGACGACUUGUGGGAUAAAGAUCUACCUCUACGACAGAAUGAUGAAACCAAACAGUGGUUUUGUCAAAGUAAAGACAGGAUCCGCCACAUCGCCUUCAUGAACAGCUGGGGUCACCAUUAUACCUGGUCAUUUGACAAUUACCAGUGGCUAAUGCUUUCUCCCUUCUUCAAUAUGGCUGGCGACAAGAUAUUAUUCUAUCCUCUGGACAACCGUAUUGCUUUGCCCCUGAUAGAGGAUGAUCGUAACGAUGAGAAGGACGAGCUACGCGGAGGCUUUGGGGAGGUUUGGCGUGUCAAAAUGCAUCCUGCACACCAUAACUACAGAAGCAAAAAUGAUGCCAUGUCCGACUGUCCUUCCUUUGCAAUCAAGCGUCUUCACACCGCCACAAAGAAGGGAUUCGACAACGAGGUUGACGCGCUGAAGCGUUUUCGCAACGAAGAUCAUGUGCACUUGAUAAAGUUGCUCGCGACAUACCACUAUGACGGGUCGUAUCAUCUUGUGUUUCUUUGGGCUGAUGGGAACCUUCGGAACUUAUGGAAAGAGCAUCCAAAGCCGCAACCGUCCCAUGAGCUUGCAUCGUGGGUGGCUGAGCAAUGUCUGGGCAUCGCCAAAGGGCUGAAAAUGAUCCACAAUGACGAAUUCAAGAAGUCCACCCUAAGCACAAGGGACGCCCAAAGGAUUCGGGGACGGCACGGCGACAUUAAGCCCGAGAACAUCUUGUGGUUCAGAGAUUCCCGCAAUGGUGACAGUAACACAAUGGGCGUCCUGAAGAUUUCCGACUUCGGCCUCUCCCGAUGGCACCGAGACGACUCGAAUAAUCCAAUUUAUAAUCAAGGUCUCGCCGUUUCCCGAACGUACCGAGCGCCAGAGUACGACAUGAAGAAACCAAUAUCCCAGCCUUGGGACGUAUGGGCACUUGCCUGCUUAUACCUGGAAUUCCUAACUUGGUAUCUGUGUGGAUGGGACGCAGGCAACAACGAGUUUGACAAAUUGAGACUCGAUGAGCACAAAGAAGAGAUUAAGGAGGAUUCUUUCUUCACUCUUCGUUACAUCAAAGACAAAUCUAAUUAUGAAGCCAGACUGAAAGUUUGUGUUGGCCAAUUACACAACACGGAAGGUUGCACCAAUUUCAUUCGUGACUUUUUGGACUUCAUAUCGUUACAUAUGCUUCGUAUUGGAUCUGAGAAGCGAUCGGAAAGCACUGAAGUUGUGAAGAAACUCGAAGACCUGUGUGAAAAAUGUCGAGACAGUAUUCGAUAUUGCACAGACAGCGCUAUCGGCCAACCAAGAAAACGGGCGACGAAUGAAUCCGAUGAUUAUGAUGCUGAAUUGAUGGAUUAUACAGACACGAUGAAGGACAAAAUUCGCUCCGCUAGUUCCAGCAAAAGUGAAGGAGAAAGAAAAGCAGCUGGCGAACCAAGACCUCCGGUGGCUGCUUCACUCGCUGUGAAAAAGAUGAAAUGGAGAGAGCACACCAAACCCGAUCCUUACUAGCCGAAACAUCUCGCAAAAUCUUAAACCAGGAGAUACAAGAUUUACAGGAAAACCAGACGU